CUCUCUUUCCCUUUCUCUCUGUCUCGCGGCGUUGAGUUGGAGCCGCUGUGCCUGGUCUGGCACGUUCCCUAUUAUAUUUUUCUGUUUAAAUUGGAUUUUUUUUUUAAAUUUCAAAUUUGAAAACCAAUUCGGAACCCAUAUCUAAGAGCGUUAUUCUUUUUUUUUGUCGUUUGUAAAUUUACCUAUCUUCUGUAAGAUGGCGGUGAUGAGGGGGGUGACAGUGCCGGCAGUUGCCCGGCUGGAGGGCCGUGAGUUCGAAUACCUUAUGAAGAAACGCUCGGUGACCGUUGGGCGGAAUUCGUCGCAGGGCUCCGUGGACGUAAGCAUGGGUCACUCGAGCUUCAUCUCCCGCCGGCAUUUAGAAAUCUUCACAGCCGGGGAGGAUGGAGCCGGCGGCGGUGACUUCUACUUGCGCUGCCUAGGCAAAAACGGGGUGUUCGUGGAUGGGGUGUUUCAGAGACGGGGCGCUCCGCCACUGCAGCUUCCGAGGGCGUGUACCUUCAGAUUUCCAAGUACAAAUAUCAAGAUCACAUUUACAGCCCUAUCAAGCGACAAGAAGGAAAAACGGGACGCACCAGAGUCACCAAUAAAGCCAGUGCAGCCCCAGAUCUCGCCCUUAACAAUAAACAUUCCAGACAACAUAGCACAUCUAAUGAGUCCACUGCCUUCCCCUACAGGGACCAUCAGUGCUGCAAACUCGUGCCCAUCAAGUCCUCGAGGAGCCGGGUCAUCAGGGUACAGAAUGGGUCGUGUUAUUCCAUCCGACCUACAGCUAAUGGACAACUCGCAGUCAGAAAAUGACAAGGAGGCAUCUGGGGGAGAUAGCCCAAAGGAUGAUUCAAAGCCACCAUACUCUUAUGCACAACUAAUAGUACAAGCUAUUACAAUGGCACAGGAUAAGCAGCUUACACUAAAUGGAAUUUACACACACAUCACCAAAAAUUAUCCAUACUACAGGACAGCAGACAAGGGCUGGCAGAAUUCGAUUCGUCACAAUCUUUCUCUGAAUCGUUACUUUAUUAAAGUACCCCGCUCGCAAGAAGAACCAGGAAAAGGUUCAUUUUGGAGGAUAGAUCCUGCUUCAGAGAACAAACUGAUAGAGCAGGCCUUUAGGAAACGAAGGCCAAGAGGAGUACCCUGUUUUCGAACUCCUUUAGGACCUCUCUCAUCUAGAAGUGCCCCAGCCUCUCCAAAUCACUCUGGAGUGUUAUCUGCUCACUCUAGUGGUGUGCAGACCCCAGAGAGCCUCUCCCGAGAAGGUUCCCCUGUCCCAAUGGAACCGGAGCCCGCCGCUGCAGUGCAGCCUAAAUUAGCAGUAAUACAGGAAGCACGAUUUGCUCAGAGUGCACCUGGUUCCCCUUUAAAUAGCCAGCCAGUCUUAAUAACAGUCCAACGACAAUUGCCACAGACCAUUAAACCUAUCACAUACACUGUUGCCACCCCAGUGACAACAUCAACAUCCCAGCAACCAGUUAUGCAAACAGUUCACCUUGUCCACCAGUUACCAUCUGUGUCGGUUACGAGUGUUGCCGGAUUAGCACCAGCAAACACAUACACGGUGGCAGGCCAGACGAUGGUCGCUCAGGCAGCAGCAGCACUGUUUAAGCCUAAAGUGGAACCACAGGAAAAUGGAUCGCACAAAGAAGUAAAAGUGAAAGUAGAACCUGUACCUGCCAUUGCCCACGCUACUAUAGGAGUUCCAAGUCGUAUCAUUCAGACCUCUCAAGCAACACCUUUACAGACGGUUACAAUUGUGCAACAAGCUUCUCUUGGACAGCACCAGCUACCAAUUAAAGCAAUCACACAGAACGGAACCCAUGUAGUCCCUAUCACCACAGCCAUACAGGGACAUGUCAACACAGCCGUUGCAAGCCCACUACACAUGUUGGCAACUCAUGCCUCUGCAUCAGCCUCUCUUCCAACUAAACGACAAAAUGGAGAUCAGGCAGAACAACCAGAACUUAAACGUAUCAAAACAGAAGAAGAAAGCAUAGUCAUUGCAAUAAAUAUGGACACUCCCACUGUAAGUGAACAAGGCAACCAGAACUAAAGACUUAGAGGUAUUGCCCUUUUUUUUAUAUCGACUCCAAGGUGCCAAAAGGAGAAGAUUAACGUAACCAUCUUUGAACUUUGGAAUGUGUUAUCACCCUAUUGGUACAAAAAAAAAAAUGGGGGGGGGAGGGUGCCCUGUGAGAAGAGACACAGGAAGCCUUAAAAACACAGGACUAACUUAGGAGUAAAGAUCAAACUAACUGAACAUUGUGGCCCAGUUUAAGAGGCUGUAUUGUACCUCCUGCUCAGCUACCUCAGUGUACACUGGGAAAUAGAGAGAUAAGGAGGACUGCAGCUUAGAAAUAAAUGACACAUCUUAGGUUCUCAUUUAACUGUUUGAAUGGACUGACCACACACCAGUGUAAGAGAGCAUGACAAGCGCUUAGUGUAAACCAGAGUUUAAACAAUAGUGUAUUCCGCAAAGGGAACAAAUUUGUGGAGUCAUUUCCUAUAUCGGCAGCUAGCCUUUCAUACUGACCUUCCUAAUGCAGUUGUUAGUAGAUUUGCAGUAUUUUGUUGUUCAUAUGUGGAAACUAGGAUCUUUUUUGGGUGUUUUUUUAUUCUGUAUGCAAAAUCAAUGGGGUCACCAACAUUUCAAAUCACUCCAUUUGUACUUCGGAAUCACAAGCUGUUUUCGUAUGUGGGAUUUUUAUGUUCAAUGAAAAUGAAUGUAGUAAUUUUUCUUUUUACCUUUUUUAUUUUUAAUCUAUCAGUGGAGUGGUUUACUUCUGUCUAUUCUGUUAAAUCCAAAUUAAGCUAUGUUAUUACACCUACAGAUUUGCAUAUUUUAACAGAGAACAGAUAAAAAAAUGAACCUGAAUUUUUUCCAUGUGUAGUGAUCAGAUGCUUCAUCAAGCUUGCAUGCAACAGAUUUAGAGAAAAUGUAA